GCUCAACAACGGUUCGGUCAACUGCUAAGAUGACCGACGCAUCCUCGACGGCUUACCCGACGAAUAUGACGAACUUAACAGAUUUACAAUUGCGACAAACUAUCACGCAGCUCUCAAAUGCAGCCAAUAAUCCUACAAACCAGUUCCAGCACUAUGUAUCACCCGCACCUCAACAAUCAACAUCCAAAGCUUACCUUAAAAAUGUUCACACUUGGUCGACAACCAAUCCGAACAAGACUAGCACCCGUGCUCGUCAUCGCACUGCAAAGACUAGUACUGCGCAACCGGUUCUGACACAACAGAUCGUCGCUACUCCAGUAUACCAACCACCUCCUCAACCGGUAGCACCUGUACAAGUCCCUCCUCCUUCCCCACCAAAUCCACCCCGCCAUCCACUUCCUGUUGUCUCACAAGCUCUCCACUCCACCUACCCAUCCCGCCUACGCACAGGAACGACCCUCCUCGUCCAACCCGUACUCACUCAGCCUUCUGCAGCAGCCGGAAACACAAGAGCCUCCACCCGUCGUGGCGGUAUGAUCAACUACGCAGAGCCAGGCUCAGGGGACGAAUUCCCGGAUGCUGGUGCUAUCGAAUCCGAUGACUCUGAUUUUGUCGGUAAUGGAGGUGUGAGGACAACUUUGAGGACCCGGAGAAUGGGAACUGGCAUGUCCGUUUUUCACUCAGGUAGUGGCAUGUCCACGCCCCAGCCACAACCACAACGGCGCCCUACACCCAUGCAGAACGACAAGGGAGAGCUGGAUCAGAGCUAUUUAGGUAUGAUUCCUCCAAGCCGCUUUAUAAAAGCAAAACCUGUCGCUCCAACUGCACAUGAAUAUCCUGCGCCUGACUUACUUGAAGUACAAGCACAAACGCGCGCCUCUCUAGUCCCUAUCCGUGUUGAAUUCGAAACAGACACCCUUCGAAUACGGGACUGCUUCGUCUGGAACUUGAACGAGACCCUGAUAAAACCUGAAUCAUUUGCCAAGGUAUUCUGCGCGGACCUCGACCUCCCCACCGUCCCAUGGGCAGAAACAGUCGCAAAUCAAAUUCGUGCCCAGAUUGAAGACCACGAAGGCGUCGCUUCCAUGGAUAUAGGUGUAGACAAUGCUAUCGACUUAUCUUUGGAUCCACAUGUUGCAGUUGAAGCGGGCGAAGAAGUUCCCGAGUGUCGUGUUAUUUUAAGUAUCGACGUGCAGAUAGCGACGUAUCAUUUACUCGAUCAUAUAGAGUGGGACUUGCUUUCGCCUCUGAUGCCUGAAGCAUUUGCCUCGCAGCUCUGUACCGAGCUAGGGUUGUCUGGAGAAGCGCUGCCGCUCAUAGCCCAUGCGAUCCAUGAAGAACUCAUAAAGCACAAGAAAGACGCUAUCGAAUGGGGCGUCAUCGGCGGCGACAAAGAAACCGAAGGCAUGAAAGAUAAAACUGGGCUGGGCCUAGGCUGGGGCCGUACAAAAGGCCCGAAAGUUCUCCAAAGCGUAUGGCGCGAAUGGACAGAAGCAGAAGAAUUCCGAACACGGUUCGAGGUGCUCACAGCAGAAGAAGUAGAGAGACGAGAAAUCGAAAAAGAAAGAGCUAGCAGGCGGUUACGUCGCGAGACAUCGAAAUUCCAGACUACCAGAACUAGACGACGUUGAUCUAUUCAGACUAUUCUGGGGUCUGGAUUCUGGAUUACACGAUCAAGUCAUAAUCGUAAUCACAUGAAAAAUUACUAUACUGCAUUCAUAAUCGCAAUCGUCAUAUGCAUUGAUGUCGACGCCAUCCUUGUCCUUAUCGCUUUUUAAAAU